AUCACGUAUCACGUUUAUCCCAUAAAAUACUUUUCAAAUGAAAAUAAAUGAAAUAUUGUAUUUUUAAAACAUGUCUUCUUAUAUUCAUUAAUAUUUGUAAAUCGCAAUAUGAUUUUAAAGAAAAUUUAAAUGAUAAUUUGCCAGUUGUUGAACUUACAACAGGAUAUGUAAGAGGAAAGAUUAUUAAUAUCUAUGACCCCAUACCUCAAUUAACAAAUGAGCAAACAUUCAGUCAAAAUAUUCAAGCUUUUUUAGGAAUCCCAUAUGCGGAAUCUCCUACAGAAGAAAACCGUUUCAAACCUCCUAAAUAUAAAAAAAGAUGGAAUAAUAUCUAUAAUGCUUUAAAAGAACCACCCUUAUGUCCACAAGAAAUUACAAAAUUUUUAGCUUUGUUUAAAAAGAAUAUAAAUGAAGAUUGUUUAUAUUUAAAUGUAUAUAUCCCUAAUAAUAUUAAGAGAUUGCAGGAUAUAAAGUUAAUGCCAGUUGUUGUUUAUUUUCAUGGUGGAUCAUAUCAAUAUGGAUGGAGCUCAUUGUGGCCCCCUUAUAAAAUAGUUCAAAAAGAUGUCAUAUUUGUAUCUGUUAAUUAUCGAUUAGGAAUUUUUGGCUUUUUUACUACUGGUGAUAAAGAAGCAACAUCAAAUAAUGGAAUGAGAGAUCAAAUAUUAGCUCUAGAAUGGGUCAGGACAAAUAUAAGAUCAUUUUCUGGAGAUUCUGAAAAAAUAACCAUUAUGGGAGAAUCAGUUGGUGGUGCAGCAGUAGGCCUUCAUAUCCUCUCUCCUUUGUCUGGAGUCAAAAAUUACUUUAGUUCUGCCAUAUCCAUAAGCGGUACCCCUAUUUCCUCCUGGGCUUUUUACCGAUAUCCUGAUACCGUUAUAACCCUUUCCCGGCUUGUAGCUCGCCGAGCCGGAUGUUACGAGACUGCCAGCGAUAAAUUAAUCAGUUGUUUGAGACGUAGAACCGUAACCGAGUUAAUAAAAGCCGGUAGUAGUGAACAGCGUUCUCGAGAAGAAGGGCAUAUGAACGGAGAAUCGAAUUACAUAUCAUUAAGACCAUUUUGGGGGCCCGUGAUAGAUGGAACAUUUACAUUUCCUGAUGACGUGAAACCAUUCCUUCCUGAAAAUCCAGAAUCGAUUCUGCAAAAAUCUAGCUACCCUAAAAUUCCUUAUUUGCUUGGAACCACGCAAAACGAAGAUUCUACUAUUGUCAGUUCAUUUUAUUCCGCUGUAUAUGAUUGGAUAGACCAUUCUCCUCACGACACAAAUCUUAAGGCUGGUAAUAAGGAUCCGAACCUGCCUAAAAAUUUUGCCAAAGCCAUACGAAAUUUUCUAAGAGGUCAAAAUAUAACCCCCGUUUUCCAGAAAACCAAUUAUAAAAAUAUCGAUUCAACAAAUUUCGAUAACCAUUAUGAUAAAAAGAAACGAUAUGAAAUUGCACUCCUAGAGGAUAUUAUCACAAGGGUGUUAUAUUACGCUUAUAUACCUUGGGAAGACUCUCAAAAUAAAACUACUCUUAAAAUAGCUUUUACUCAGUUAUUGACAGAUAAUCAAUUCACAGCUCCCAUGGACAAAAUGGCUAAGAUGUAUUCUCAAAACGGUGGGAAAACAUAUCUAUAUGUAUUUAAUUAUAGGCCUCCUUUAACCACAUAUCUACCAUGGCAGGGUGUAGGUCACGGUGUUGACAUGCCAUUUUUCUUUGGAGCACCUCUUUUGAAUAUCGAAAAUUUUCCCAAAAAUUUAGAAUUAUCCGAUGUUACCAGUUGGACUCAAGCUGACAGAAACGUUAGUUCGAUGAUGUUAGAUUUCCUGACCAAUUUCGUUAAAUAUCAGGAACCUACACCCAACCUUAACUUGCCGUCUACUUUUUCCCCACCAAUUUCUAAUCCUUCCAUAUUCACUUCAUUUCCUUAUUCCCAAAAUGUUUUCAAUACUCAUAGCAAUAACCCUAAAUUUCCGCCAAUAUGUACUAAUUCAAGGAAUUCGUUACCUUCUUACUGGCCCCCUGUUAAGGAAAGCCAUCUGUACUAUCUUUAUAUUAAAGACACGAAGGCUAAACCAACUAUUAACCAAGAUAAUUUCGAUCUACAAGGAAAUUCCUACAAUUUUGAACUCAAGGAAAAUUACAGACAGAUUUAUUCCUCUUUGUGGAACGGGCUUGUACCAACAUUCUUGGAUGGUGGGAAAGAUAAAGAAAAAAAAGACAUUUUUCAAGACAGUUCCGUCCUCAAUGCCUACUCAUCCUACCAAGACACUCCAGCCUAUACCAUCCUUUACCGAAAAUUCAAUUCUUAUAGGAUGGCUACUUUUGCCCUUACGGCAGUUUGCUUGAGCCUUAUUACUGUGAUAACCGUUUUAUUCUUAUUUUCCUCUAAGCCAUGCCAUAAGAAAGAUGCCAAAAAUUCUACCCUUCGUUCUUCUUUUAGGGAAGAAAAAGGCCAUGAUACCUACGAUCACAAUAAUUAUUUUGACGGUCACUCACAAGUAAAUACAGACAUGAGCGUGAAAUAUUGGGACGGGCGUGGAACUUCUAACUCCAACAAUCAGCUUGAUACAUUUAGAAGUGAUGCCGCCUUUUACAAUCGAUAUAUUCCUGAUUUAGAAAUAGCCACCAGCGUUUCUGAUACCAUAAUAUCUAGUGUUGAUAAUAACAAUAUAGAAAAAUUUCCAAAUUCUUUCUCCUCUUCACAAAAAAAUGGCAUGGCACCUUUGUACGAUAAAUCCGAACCUUUAUAAAUUCUCUAUUAAAUUUGUAAAAUCAAUUAUAAAAAUCAAUUUUUUUUUGUUUAAAAUAUCAGUCGGUUUUGUUGCUUGUUAUAAUCGUUAUAUAUAUUUUUUUACUUGCAAAUCAAUGGAGUCGUUAGAGAGCGGCACGACUAAAAUCACCCAAAUAAAACAAUUGACCUAUUAGCACCCCCUCUUAGACGACGCCACGAUUACAAAGUUCUACUUAAUAUCGUAAAUUUUAUUUAUAUAAUUGAUAAACCGGUGAUAAUUUAUUUUUAAAUUUUUUUUUCUAACAAUAUUCUUUUAUAUAGCUAUUUUUAUAAAUAUUUGAAUAACUUGUUUUUAACCAAAAAAUUUUAAUGUCCAUAUUUAUAUUUUUAUAAAAAUAAUAUUUGAUCUCUCUUUUUUUUAAAAUUAUAUAUUUUUCUAUUUCCCUAAAAAAAAAUUAAGCACUAUAGCUACCCACUUCUUGUAAUCCUUUUAUAACUUUCUUAUAUAGCGAAAUUCUUACUUUUGUGGGCCUAGAAUAUAAAUUUUUUUUACAUUUGAGCAAGAUUACUUGUUAUUUUUAUUCCAUUUUUUUUAAUAAAUCAAUUGUGCAUUAUACAUUUUAUUAUUAUUCAAUCAUGCAUAUAAACCUCUUUUCUCAUUCCAUCGAAACCUUUUUUUUUAAUUGAUGUAUUAAAUUAUGAGGCAAAUUGAUCAUUCAAUUAUUGAUUUGUUAGAAUCAUUAUUAUAAACGAAAGCAAAAUUUUUUUAACACGUUAUCGAAAAUUUAUUUUCAUUAUAAUUAUAUGCGUAAUUAUAAAAAAAAAUUUAGUUUGAGAUA